AGUUAGUUUCGACUAAAGACGCCGUUCUCGGUUUCUUACCACCUUCGCCCCUUCGCUCGCAGUCUUGCGGCCCCCUUUUGACGUGAUCGCCGCGUGGGAGACGAGAGAAAGCUCGUCUUUUUAACCUUCUACUCCUCCUCCAUCGUUUCUUCGACUUGCCGUGGUGCUCAGAUCCCUAUCGUUGUGGGAUUUUAUUUUCCGAGGAAUAACAUUUGACAGAUUUCAGUGGUGCUUAGAGUUUCGCUGUUUGUUUACUGCUUGUUUUGAUAUCUCUGUACUGCUGUUGACAUGUCAAAAAUUAGCGCAAUGAGGACACCUGUGUCUAAGGCCUCUAAGCAACGUUCUGCUGAUCCUGGGUUUUUGGGUUCCAAUCCUUUUGAUUCUGAUUCGGAAUCUAACUUGAAUCACAAGAAUGCAAGGGCUUCCUCAGCCCCUGCGAUUAGCAGGGCAAAUAAGGAAAGCUCCCAAUUUGGUUAUAGUGAGGAUGAAGGAAGAGGUACUUCAUCAUCAUAUUCAGGCUUUUCAUCCGCAAGAAACAAAUACAAGAAUGACUUCCGUGAAUCGGGGGGUUUUGAAAACCAGUCUGUGCAAGAGCUAGAAAAUUAUGCUGUAUACAAGGCUGACGAAACUACUCAGAAAGUAAAUGGCUGUUUGAAGAUAGCUGAAGAGAUGAGAGACGAUGCUUCAAGGACUCUUGUCACCCUGCAUCAGCAGGGCCAGCAAAUUAAUCGGACUCAUCUAACUACCAUAGAUGUUGAUCAUGAACUUAGUAGGGGUGAAAAGCUUUUGGGAAGUCUUGGGGGAAUUUUCUCCAAGACAUGGAAGCCAAAGAAAACUCGUACAAUAAAGGGGCCUGCUUUAACAAGAGAUGAUUCUUUUAUACGAAAGGGUAGCCACAUGGAGCAGAGACAGAAAUUGGGAUUGUCAGGUCCUUUGCCUCGGUCCAAUCCUCGAACUUUUCCUUCUGAACCGACAUCUGCGCUGGAGCAAGUUGAGAUAGAGAAGGCCAAGCAAGAUGAUGCCCUUUCUGAUUUGAGUAACUUGUUGGGUGAGCUGAAGGACAUGGCUAUUGACAUGGGUUCUGAGAUGGAUAGGCAAACCAAAGCUCUGGAUAAUAUGCAGGAUGAUGUUGAUGAACUAAAUUUCAGAGUGAAAGGAGCAAACAUUCGAGGGCGUCGGCUGCUUGGGAAAUAGAUCAAUAAUGUCUGAAAGGAUCUUUAUUGAAGACAGAAGCUGGUUCUCAUCAACUUCCUGUGACCAUGACCGGGGCAUCAUACUUUUAUCAUAACAUUUUACCCAUUGUAUUGAAUUGGCUCAUGCUGGUUGUAUGCAUACAUUACAUUAUAAAUCGGAUUGCCAUUAAUUGCAUGCUUUUAUGCUUC